GGGGCCGGGAGCCGCCGGCCGCCGAGGGGAGGGGUCCGGCUCCGUGCGGUCGCGGCGGAGCCGGCGCUGCGGCAGCAGCAGGCGCGGCGGGGCGGAAGUCCUUUGUUGCAGCGGCAGCGGCGGGAGCGGUGCGGGCGGCUCUACCCCUCGCUUCGCCUCGCUCCGCGGGCUGUGAUUGAAGUACAAGAUGGCAAGAACCAGCCACAGCAACUACGUCCUUCAGCAGCUGAACAACCAAAGAGAGUGGGGCUUUUUGUGUGACUGCUGCAUUGCUAUAGAUGACAUUUAUUUUCAGGCACAUAAAGCAGUCCUUGCUGCAUGCAGCUCCUAUUUUAGAAUGUUUUUUAUGAACCAUCAACACACUACAGCCCAGCUGAAUCUAAGCAACAUGAAGAUUAGCGCUGAAUGCUUUGAUCUUAUUUUGCAGUUCAUGUAUUUAGGAAAAAUUAUGACCGCCCCUGCAAAUUUUGAGCAAUUUAAAGUGGCCAUGAACUAUUUGCAACUCUAUAAUGUACCUGAGUGUCUGGAAGAUAUACAGGAUACAGACUCGUCUAGUUUAAAAUGCUCUUCUUCUGCUUCUAGCACCCAGAACAGUAAAAUGAUAUUCGGCGUGCGAAUGUACGAAGACACGCUUGCUCGAAAUGGCAGCGAAACAAACAGGUGGGGCAUGGAGCCGCCAAGUUCAACAGUAAAUACAUCCCAUAACAAAGAGCCCGAUGAAGAAGCUUUGCAGCUCAGCAGUUUCCCCGAACAACUGUUUGAUGUCUGCAAAAAAAGCACCACGUCCAAAUACUCUCAUACAAAAGAGCGCGUGUCCCACUCACGCCGCUUCGGGAGGAGCUUCACCUGCGACAGCUGCGGGUUUAGUUUUAGCUGUGAAAAGUUACUGGAUGAGCAUGUGUUAUCGUGCACCAACAGGCAUUCGUACCAAAGUACCAGAUACUACGGUGCUGAAAAAAUAGACUUUAAUGAAAAGGACUCCGCUUCUAAAAUGAUCUCUACGCAAACAGACAAAUACAAAGGGGAUUCCAGCCAAGUUGCCGAUGAUUCUUCUUCUCCCGUGUCCAAUGUUACAAGCAGGAAGAGCAGCACGGUGGCAUCCGAGACGUCAGGGGAAGAAGGAAGUCGGGCCUCUGAGAGGAAGAGGAUUGUCAUCAAGAUGGAACCAGAGGACAGUCCUGCAGAUGAGAUGAAGGAUUAUAACAUUAUCAAGGUGACAGAUAAAGACUGCAACGAGUCUUCUGAUAACGAUGACCUAGAUGAUGAGCAGGAAGAGCCACUUUAUAGGUACUACGUUGAGGAAGAGAUGAGAGAGAAGAGAAAUGCUCGGAAGACUUUAAAACCCCGUUUAUCCAUGGAUGAGGAUGAAAGAAGGUGUUUAAAGAGUCCGCGGCACCUUAGCAGGAAAACUCCCUCCGUCCAGGAAGAUGUGGAGAAUGCUCCCUGUGAACUCUGUGGGCUAACGAUCACUGAGGAGGAUCUGUCCUCUCAUUAUUUAUCCAAACACAUAGAAAAUAUAUGUGCCUGUGGCAAGUGUGGUCAAAUACUGGUCAAGGGCAAACAGUUACAGGAUCAUGCACAGACCUGUGGAGAACCCCAGGAUCUGACCAUGAAUGGUAUCAGAAAUUCUGAGGAAAAAAUGGACUUGGAAGAAAACCCUGAGGAGCAGUCGGAAAUCAGGGACAUGAUGUUUGCAGACAUGCUGGAGGACUUCAGGGACAGUCAUUUCCAAAUGAACAGCCUUCAAAAAAAACAGUUAUAUAAGCAUUCUGCCUGUCCUUUCCGAUGUCCUAAUUGCGGGCAGCGUUUUGAAACUGAAAACCUAGCGGUUGAACAUAUGUCCAACUGCCUGGAGCAAGAUCUGUUCAAGAAUUCCAUGAUGGAAGAGAAUGAAAGAGAUCACAGACGUAAGCAUUUCUGCAAUCUUUGUGGGAAAGGAUUUUAUCAGCGUUGUCACUUGAGGGAACACUAUACUGUUCAUACCAAGGAAAAACAGUUUGUUUGUCAGACAUGUGGGAAGCAGUUCUUAAGAGAGCGCCAGUUGCGGCUCCACAAUGAUAUGCACAAAGGAAUGGCCAGGUUCUCACUUAAGAUAUCAGCUAUGACUGAAGUGGGAAAAGCAGCCAAGAGAGCUGAGGAAGAGCUAGAGGGUGCUGGGGAGCUGACAGAAGAGCCUGGUGUAGUGAAAUAGGGACUUCUAAGCUUCUGAACAACUGAGAGAACCAGGUUUGAAGAAGACAUGAGGAAGAACUGUCGGCAAAAGAUUUCAUAAAAACUCAGAACCACGUGUGCCAGAUCUGAGUUGGCACCACCUUUGCUUUUUUGACAUACUGCAGCAGUCGCAAAAGGCACCAGAGCAGUCAAAAUUAGAACCCUCAGUAAUUGUUUUGGACUCUUCUCUGUAUUACAAAACUUUACUUCCUUUGUGACUAUUAUUCACACCUGUCAAAAACAAAUUCGAAGUCUCUUUCAUGGAGCAGACAGCCUAAAGAGGCAGAUGCCAGGCGUUAAGGGCUGCGCUGAAUUGAGCUUGCAGAAUCUGCUGUUCAUAUUGCUGCCGUGCUGCUUGUAUGAAACGAGGCUUAUUAGAGUUUCUGUCAAAAACUGUUUAGACUUUUUAGCUUUAAAGUUAAAUGUACUUACGAACUAAAAGUCACGCGCUUUUUCAGACAGUUACAAUGCUAAACUGAUGAGUGUUAGAAGAGAGGGGAAAAAAUGUUUUAGUCUGAAGUACAAAGUGAAAAAAAAAAAAAACCCAAAACUUAAAAACUGAGCACAAAGGGUCUCUGAGGAAGGAAAGGAUGGUGAGAAAGAUCCAGCUGACCUGACUCCCUUUGCUGCCAUGAUCAUCAUAUGCAAGCUGAAGAGGACCUUCCCUGGAGCUCAGUGCUUAUAUGCGGAGAGUAAAGAAAUGGUGCUCUGGUCUUGUUACAAGGAUGUGAAAGAUUGUGACCAAGAAGGAGAUGAGUAAACAUGCAAUAAUCUUCACAGGGCGCAGUGUGCACCAUGGUCUGGAUCUGUACCUUGAAAAAGCUGGUUUGAAGAAGAGAAUCAGGCAUUCAUGUUCAGAUUUGAGUAAUUUAGCAGCCCUGGUUUUUCUACCUAGAUUAAUGGGAAGCGAAUGAGCAAACUAAGCAAAACAAUGCAGUAAAUGGUCAAAAACAGGGCCAGCGUGGCUUAAAAAUAUAUAUAUUAGUGAUUUCUUUUGCUUCUCCAGACAACUGGAUCAAAUUGAUUCAUGUAAGCAGACUAAACAUGCUGACCUAUAUUCUGCUGUAGUUAUGCAUCUUACUAAUUCUACUUAUGACUAUAAGAGGAUGUUUUAUUGUUUAGUAUAACUGUUAUCUCGGUAAGAAUCUGUCUGCAAUUUUAUUUAUAAUUGGCAUUAUUUUCAUUACUGUUGUUAUGAAGUAUGUAAAAUAUUGUCUGUAUUGCAGCUUGUACAGGGCAUGUGUCUGUGCUUGCUUUACUCUUCUUGAGUUUAUAAAAUUGCUAUACAAAUGCAAGAAAAGAUGUUCAGGUAUCUUUGAAUGUUGUUCCUUAGUCUGAUUUCAGAGCCCCAAACCUUUCAGCCUGUGGGUGUUGAAGGAAUCAGCGGUAUUAUCACAAAACAUCCCCAGAAUAAAUACAGGACUUUAAAAAGUCUGCAGUACAGGACUGGGAUGCUGACACUGCUGUCCCAGUGGCAGUGCUAGAGCAAUGGGGAGGACAGCAAACAUCCAGAAAAUGCAAGAUACCACUGGGGCCUGCUGAGAGAGAAGGCUUGUUAUAGGUGGGAAAUCUAAUAGCAAAUGUGAUGUCCUUUCCAUAGAGAGGAGGAAGCGCCCUCACAGUAGGACUACUGCAAAGCAGAGAAGGGAACUGUGUUUGUAGUAUCACCUAAAGAUAGGCCUUGAGCUAUUUAACUUCUUUUGUUUUUUCAUUUUUAAGCAGAGGACAUCUAGAACAGGCUCUGACUGUUCUGUAACUUAGCAAUUAUUUGUAGUCUGUGUAGAGAGUAUCAGUGAAGACAUGCCAGGUUAAUUUUCGUCAUCUUUAAAGCUUAAUCUAUGCCUCAAUGCAGUAUCUUUAAUAAAAUGUUAUUACGA